UAAUUUACUGUUUAUAAUCAUUAACACAUUGCUAGCAAAUUAAUGUUAAUAUAAUGUUAUAAUCUGUAUAUUAAAUCUCAUCCAACUACAUAAAAAAAGAAACCACAUGAUUGUUACAUGUUUACCUCAAGUUGAUUUUCGCUUUAAAGCAAUUGUAUCUUGAUUCAAGUGAAUAAAUUGUCAAAGAUUUGGUUGCAUCUUUGUUUAGUUAUGGCAUCAGAUCACGAUCAAGUAUUUUUACGAAUACUUCAUGAGGAAAAGAACAUUGUUAAUUUCCUAGAUAUCUUUUUUGGAUUUUUAUAUAGAUGCACAGACUUCUAUAUUGAAUCUAACUUGGAACAAAAGGGGUUGGGCUUCUCACCUGGAAUGGCAGAGAAACUUGUAUUGAAUAGCAUGCGCAAAUGGAAAAAUGCUUCACCAACUUUAAAAGAAAUUAUGCCUAAUAUAAUCAGCAACAAUAUAUCUGAAUCAAAUGAAUUAACUUUGACACAAAAUGAUGAAAAUUACAGUUGUAAUAUGCCAGUUGCUCAAGAAAUUGAGAUCGAUUCUUGCAAUGAGCCUAAUACCAUUAAUGUACCUACUAAUGUUUCUACACAAUCUGUCAAAAUGGAUAAUACUUCUGAUAGUUACAAUGGCGCUAUAAGAGAAAAUUAUGUUUGGACCCAAACUCUCGAUGACUUGGAUGUAUUAAUAAAAAUACCAGAACAUAUAAAGACACCGAAACAGAUUAAAGUCAAUAUUGGUUCAGAUGAGAUAAAAAUUGACAUCAAGCCUUUUGGUUCUACAAAAGAUUUCAAAUGGAAUAACAUUUUUGAUAGCAAACUUAGUUUCAAGGUUCGAAAAGAUGAAUCUGUAUGGAGCAUUGUAUCUGGAAAACACAUCAGUAUUCAUCUUGAGAAAACUACUGGAAGAUGGUGGGAAGCAUUGGCAGUAGAUGAGCCAAAAAUUGAAUUAAGCAAAAUUGAUUGCAUAAAAAAUUUCGACGAUAUGGCACAGGAGGAACAAAUGAAAGUGCAGGAAUUGAUGUGGAAUCAUCAACAGAAACUGAUGGGCAAACCAACGUCUGAACAAAUUAAGAUGGAAGCUACUCUGAAACAAGCAUGGAAUGCUAAAGGAUCACCUUUUCAAGGUACAGAUUAUGAUCCUUCUGUUGUAAAAUUUAAUUGAUGUAUCAUACACUCUUAAUUAUUACGUUCAUCCGCGUCAAAUUUGAACGCAUGUCAGAUAUAUUAGAAGAUGCAAAAUUAAAUUUGUAAAUUGUGUAAUAUAUUUAUAAAUAAUUUUACAAUACUUUUGUGUGCGUGUGUAUAUGUAUAGCGUGCGUGCGUCAAUUCUAGACGAUUUAUAUACGUGUGUACAUUUCUCAAAUAUUAAUACAUAUUGUUUUACCUUUAA